AAAACUUGGCAAAAGUUUUGCAAAAUCAUCAUCGAUCAUGCAAAUCAGACGAUGCUUUUGUCCCAAUGGCGAAAAAAAUCAUUACAAUUUUGUUCCACGACUAGAAGAUGUAUCUUUGGCUUAGCAUAGGUAAUCCUACGUGCUUUAUUUUUGUAUUGAUGUAUUGAAAUUUGUUUAUUUUCUCCUGAUCAUUUCGCUAUUAAAUACGUCUUAUAUAAUAUAGGUAUCUGAAUGGUGGUGUGAAAGGGCAUAUCAAUUGUUUUGUGACAUGUCUGGUGAAUUUCGUCGUUCUUGUAAUUUUAAAGUAUUAACGAAACCUCUUGGGAAUUUCUUUGUAUUUUUGCUCUUUCAUCAUGGCUGCGAAUUCCAGUCGCUACCACAUGGCUACCUUAAAAAUAGUUCUUGUUGGCUCAGAAGCAGUUGGCAAAACGAGCCUAUUAAUUCGUUUUCAUCAGAAUACUUUUCCUAGCUUAUACGUUCCCACCGUAUUUGAUUCGUAUUGGAAAGAGGUCUCGGUCGACGGCAAUGAAUAUGGCCUGCUUUUGUGGGAUAAUUCUGGCAACGACGACUACAUUCGCUUGCGUCCACUCUCAUACCCACAAACUGACGUCUUUCUCGUGUGUUUUGACAUCAAUAACAGGGAAUCGUUUGUCCAGCUGCAAAAUACCUGGCUUCCUGAGGUGAAACGAUAUCAACAUGGAACCCCAAUAAUUAUUGUUGGUAAUAAGAUGGAUAUAAGAUCAGAAAGGUGUGUGAGCUUAAUGCAUUGACGCCUAACACUUUCCCUAUACAAAAGUAACAAAACAAGAAAACCAUGUUCUGGCUGGCAUUUGAUGGAGGGGGAGGUGAGGUGGUGCACCCCAACAGGUUGACCCCCACCCCAACAGGUUGAAAUUUCCAUGUACAAAAUCCUUUAUUUUAAAAAAAUCAACAAAAAAUCCUAUAUAUACCUGACCAUGAUACUUACCACAUUAUUAGUGAUGGCGAUACCAGAAUUUUUUCUAUUAUCUAUUUCGAAACGUAAAUAAACACAAAAUUUCUAUUUUCUAUACCGGAAAUGAGUACUUCAAUUAUUUGCUAGUAUUGGUUACUUUUGAUACCUGUUGGUCAGCGGGAAAAAAAUAUUACUGUAUGUAACCUAAAUAAAGCUAUAAGUAAACCAAAAGCACAAAACAUAAUAAAUAUUUCUAUACAUGACUUUGCGCACCACAUUUUGAAUAUUAAGAGUUAUUUUAGUGGUUUAUGAGUUUCUUAUUCAUUACCAAUAAUAGCCUGCGAACAGGCUCUCAAGCUGAAUUGAGAGCCUGCAUCGAUGACUAAUGAAUUUGAAUAUCUGCCCCAUAACGUUCGUUUUUCCAAAUAUGGAAUGUCUAUCCUUAUAUGGUGUUGUUUACAACUUUCGUGCAAACUAAAUUUAGACCGUGCAAACUAAAUUUAGACCGUACAGUUUAUACUGUUUUUCGAAAUAUAAGAUAUUCAAGCAAAAGUUCAAAUGUUUUAAAUACUGUUUUCUCAAAACAGAACAUUUUGUGCUUUGGGAAAGAUGGCCAAGACCGAUUUGAUCAGUUAAUGUGUUUUUUAUGCAUAGUGCUUCAGCAGUUGACAUAUAUAGAGCUCAGCGGAAACAUAUAAGUUAUAGCAUCUGACCAAUGAGAAUUUUGCGUCACGAUUUGAGACGCAGAUAUUCAAAUUCAUUAGUCAUCGAUGCAGGCUCUCAAUUCAGCUUGAGAGCCUGUUUGCAGGCUAUACCAAUACCUAGUGAAGUUAAACAAAUCGUCUAAAAAGGGUACAAGUAUCAAAUGAUACCACAUCAGUAAGCCCGCUGUGUGUGGUAUUGUUGGUAUCAAAUACCGAGUACUUGGAAUCGCCCAUUACGAUUCACUACUUGUAUAUACAUGAACUGGUGGUUAUAACUCGAAAACUGUCUCUCUGUAGCUCAGUUGUGUAGAGGGCUCCCCUAGGAAUUGCAGGGCCGCAUGUAGUUAGCCCAUCAAGUAAGUAAGAGAACAAAGUACUGUCAGUAUACUGUAUACAGUAUAUGGUGUGGUAACAGGCUCAGCACGAGGCUUCAUGCUGCAAUGUUCGAAAUCUGCUUUCAGUUUGAAUUCCCGAAUCCUAACAAACUGUGAAUAACUUGUAUUCUGACUAAAUACACUACAAAAUUUCAAACCUUAAGAUAAUGUUAAUUGUAGAUGGAAAGACACUUCAACUAUUAUUCAAUCGAAUUUUGAUAUUUACCCAUAACCUAACAUGGCAGUACCCUACACAUGAAUUUGUAGUUAGACAACUGGCCUCUGUAGCUUGGUUAGAUGGCUGCACUGGAACUGUGUCUUACAGGGUCCUGCCAGGGACCUAGCUAUAUGUGCAUUUUUAGCUUCUUUUCCGGCCAUGUUGGGUCUAAUAAAUUAAUUAAUGUAUAUAAAUUUUCAAUCAAUAAUUUCCAUCUUAUACAUACCCUUCAACUAUUAUUCAAUCGAAUGAGAUGCCGACAAAAUCUUGAUAUUAAUUUACUCAUAUUUGUAUGUAACUUAGCAUGGCAGUACCCUACAUGAACUUGUGGUUAGAGUUCGACAACUGGCCUCAGUAGCUCGGUUGGAGCACUGCACCGGUAUCGCAGGGCCACAGGUUCAAUUCCUGCCAGGGACCUAUAGGUGCAUUUUUCGCAGCUGUUCCUGGUAAGUCUAAUAAAUGUAUUUUAAUUUCCACUUGAUAAUUUCCAUCUACAAUACCCUUAUUAUUCAAGGAGUAGUAUAUUAUAUACAGGGAUGCCGGAACUGGGGGGGCAGCUGCCCCUCUUGCCUUUUGCUAGGAGGGGCAAGGAGGGCAGAAGUGCCCUUUGAGUUGUAAAAUACUACCUGAUAAAUUACAUUUCCAGUGAUGCUUUUUGGGCAAAAUCAUGAGGUGUGAUCUUGAAUGUGACCUGAUUAAGUGCGUUUGCUUUCAUUGGCAAGUCAACACAUAAUUGUAUCGUAGGUUUAUAUCUUCACCAGGGUCUAUAGAGGUGCCCUUUGGUGUACGUUUGCCCCCCUUGCCUUUUUAUCGUUCCGGAGUCCCUGAUUAUAUAUAAAUGAACUUGUGGUUAUAGAGCUCCACAACUGGCCUUUGUACCUGUAGCUCAGUUGGUUGGGUUUACCAUGCCCCCCCCCCCAUACCCUUUAGCAUCACCCCUGUUUACAUGGAGUAAAUGUAUGUAAUCCGCUGUAGAAAGCACAGACUGCCUGAACUUCAACGUUUUAUUGAUGUUUUUAAUAUAUUUUCUCUAACACUAAAAGUAAAGACAAAGUUACUCCAUUACAGACUUGCAGCGAUUUAUAUUCGGAGUGUUUAUAGACAUUAGCUAGAAGAUUAAAAAAAUCGGCAAUCUAUUGAAAUUGGGAAUUUCAUCGACAUUCAGACCGGAUUUUUUCUCCGUGUUUCAUAUCUGAUGAGAAUGGCCUAGCGCCAGCUGAGUUAAUAAAAUUGACACUUUUGAAGUGCAAGUCACUUCACUCACUUGACAUUGUUUUGCGUACUAAAAACAGACAGAUAUAUAUUUUAGGAUACGUGACAUCUUCGCAACACUUAUCUGAUACCCAGUUUUACUUCAGCAAAGUUUGAAGUUGAACAAUAUUUUAUCUAAUGCUGUAUAUAAUAUUUACGUUUUUUGCUGAUCUAAAUUGUGAAAUUACUGGCUAUAAACGUAAUUUUGAAAACGGCGCAUAAAGCCGAAUUUUUUACUCUAGCUAACACCCUGAUAUUUCACCAAAUGAUAAGUAGACGUCGCAAAUCGAUAAAUUGCUGUCAGAUGCGAUGACUGAUGGCUAAUUUUGAGAACACUGGUGAUUCUGAAAAUAAACUUUGAAAAUAAACAGCCUUAAGUUUUCACAUUCAUGCAAAUCUAGUGCAUGCUGUCAUUUUUUGGCAAUGGGUCAGUGAUCAGCUUCUUGAGCAUUUCUGCCAAGGUUUGUGUGCAUUGUUAUAUUUUAAUUAAUUAUUGUCGGUGCUAACUUGUUCACUGUCUACUUGGCGGUAACACUAUACACACUAACUGUAAUUGUAAUUGUAAUUUGUAACAUUUUGUAACUCAGUAUGAGACACAGGAACUGAAAUUUACAUUAUUUUGUUUCUACUAUUAUUAAAUAAUACCACUAAAAUACUGUAGUAGAUUCUAGCCCCGUUUACACUACGCUCAAUUUUUGGUACAGCACGGAUAAAAUUGGUAUACCCGUACCACUUUUUUUGGUUCUUGGACUAUCUAUUUAGCUAAGCCCCGUUUACACUACGCUCAAUUUUUGGUACCGUACCGCUUUUUGGUUUUUGGUCCUAAAUAGGUAGUCCAAGAACCAACAAAGUGGUACGGGUACCAAUUUUAUUCGUGCCGUACCAAAAAUUGAGCGUAGUGUAAACGGGGCUUCUGAAGUUUCCUAUUCCGUCAGAAGAUCCGCUCCAGAGUCUUAUCCAGCAUCUGAAAGUUUGGUGUCCAAAUUGGCCAUUUUGGGCCAUCAUAGCCAUGGUAACUUAGAAUAACAAGCUUUCGUUAGUAGGGAUGCAACUACCUGAAAAAUACAAGGAGAAUUUCGACGUUUCGAGCGAAGGCCCUUCGUAACUUAGAAAAUUACGUAUACUUUUGUAUUUGAGCGAAAACAUAAUUGCUACAUUUUUAAAACCACUUAUCUUUCUUUUAAACAACUCUGAAAUUCCCUGAAGUAGCGAUAGUAAGUGUAUUCACAUAAACUCUCCGCGAACGACUUGAAUGUUUUACUGUGUUGGCGUGGUCAUGAGCUGUGAAAAUGAAGUAAAUAACGUAGCAGUUUGAACAACUACUGCGUACUAGAAUGCUCAAGGGAAUGCAAAUUACAGUCACCUUUGUCUUGGAGCCGAAGAUGCUAUUGUUGAUGAGCACGUUCGAUUCUCGUCGUUUUUUCCAAACUCUCUAAAUUUAAACCCUUUGACGGAGGAGGGGACAGAGUAUUCUAAAGGGCUAAAGUUGUAGUAUUUUUGAAAUAGAAUGGUGCGAGUAGCCGGUGUCCCAGUUGAUUUGGACCUCUGUAGAUUUGGACCUCCGGUCCAUUUGGACCCCCGAUCUAGAUAUAACUAGCUGAAAAUAUAAGCAGAACUUCAACAUUUCGAGCGAAGGCCUCAAACCUCCCGACAGACUGGGCCUUCCUUGAAAAUGUCAAAGUUUUGUCUAUAUUUUCAGCUAUAGCUAGUUGUAUACCUUUAACACCGCACCUGUCUCUUAUCGUCUACCCACACUGGCACCGACAGUUCAAGUCCUUAAAAACUUUUUUAAUGUGAGAUGUGAGCAAUCUCCCAUGAAGCACCUCAAAGGUUCAUUGAUCAAUGUUACUGUAUGUCAUGAUUUUUUAAUGUUUUCGUUUUCUUUCUUUCUGGAUUUUAGCCAGCUUGAGAAUGCUGCAAAUGACUUUGUAUUACAUGUGGAAGGCGUGCGUUUGGCUUUAAGAGAAGGU